UCUGGACUCGCGUGCGUAUCCCCACCGUUGAUGCUGUCGAUUUCAGAACAUCUUCACUAGAUCUGCUACAUAUACAUAAAAACGUGAAUGACUCGGGUUUAAUACCGUAAAGCGAUGAGAAGCGAUACCGUAUUCUGGCUAUUUUUCGCUGCUGUCGUCAUUGCUGAUGCCGAGGACGUGAUUACACCAAGCAACAGUUCCAUCGUAGUUUGCGAAGGAGGCACAGCCGAACUUUCGUGCCCCCGUGGUACGGUGAUCGCAAUAGCCCUAGCCAACUAUGGUCGGUACUCGGCUCGAGUCUGUUAUGAGAACGAAGACCUCGACGAUGUCGUGCCGAUGACGCAAUGUCACAACCCGAAGACGAUGCCGACUCUGCGGAAGAGAUGUGAAGGCUUGCGGCGUUGCGAGUUUAUGGUCGACGCGAUUAUGUUCGAUGAUCCUUGCCCAGAGACCAGUAAAUAUCUUGAAGCGACUUGUGAUGGUCGUCGUCAGUGUCGUUUUAUCGUCAAUAACGAUUUCUUCAUCCAUGAUCCAUGUCCGGGAACGAAAAAAUACUUGGAUGUCACCUAUACUUGUGCUAUAGAGGUAACCACAACUACAACUACAACUACAACCACUACAACAACUACGACAUCGUCGACAACUACAGAAAUCGAUGAUGACGUCAAGAGGGACAUGGGCGCACAGUCCGCUCCACAAACAUGCGAGAAGACGUCUAGACGAGGUAUCGAAUGGCCGGCUACCAUCUCUGGAACGACAGCCAGCCGACCGUGUCCGGAAGGAACAAGGGGUACGUCAUCGUGGCGAUGCAACAGUGACGGACUAUGGUCUGAAGAUGGUCCCAACACGAUGGAAUGCCAAAGUGAUUGGACCAUUCAACGACAAGAUGCAUUAGAAGAAACUAUCAAAGACCAAGAUGCAAGUGGAAUACCAGAGCUCCUUCGCGCUAUGACAUCGGAUACCCGUCGUCCAAUGGUGGCUGGCGAUUUGCCAAAACUUCUUAACAUCUUGGAUGUCGUCCAAGAUAUCGUAACGCGCGAGCCAUGGGCUAAAAGCAGUCAAAAACUCGUGAACCAGCUCAUCGUCAACGUCGUUCACAAUGCGCUUCGUGCGAAGGAAAUGUGGCGUAACUGGCCGUUGAAGAAACGACAAACGUUCGCCACGAGACUAUUAGCCGGUGUUGAACGAACCAUGACAUCCGGAUCGUUUAUAGUACAUUCGUCGGAGAACUACGUUCAACCACUGGUAAUGACCGAAAUGAGCGAAAGUAUCAAGACAUCAUCGCAGCCGUCAAACUACUAUCUGUUCCCAUCGAUGGCACUUUGGGCUGGAGAGAACAAUGUGGACAGUGUUGACAUACCCAAAGAAGCAUUGGAACUCGCUGGUUUGGAUCGCUCACGAGUUUACUAUGCAUCCUACGCAAAUAUUGGUGAUGAAAUGGAACCACCUGUGGAGCAGAUCUCUCCCUCAGAGCAGAAUCCAGAAGGAGGAGAACGACGUCGACACAUCGUCUCAAGAAUUGUGGCCGCAUCAGUGGUCAUUGACGGUAGAUCCGUUAGCAUACCAUCAUUACCGAGACCGAUUGUCAUUACAUUCCAUCACCAUCCAGAAACAUUGCGACGAAUGUCCUCCCCACAAUGUUCAUGGUGGGAUAUGGAGGACUUGGAAUGGUCACAAACAGGGUGCAUGCUCAAGUCGCAUAAUUCGACUCAUACCGUAUGCGCUUGUAAUCACAUGACACACUAUGCUGUGCUUAUGGACUAUGUCGGACAUGAGGUUUCGACUAUGGACAGUCAACUUCUCACAAUUAUCACCUAUGCCGGCUGUACGCUGUCGAUCAUUUGCCUCAUUGUGACAUUCCUUUGCUUCGUAGUUUUCGUCACUGGAGGAGGCGAUAGGGUGUUUAUACACAAGAACCUGUGCGCAUCGUUAUGUAUCGCGGAGAUUGUGUUUUUGGCUGGAAUUUGGAGAACUGAGGAAAAGUUCGAGUGUAGCGUCAUUGCCGGCUUUCUUCUGUACUUCUUCCUUUCCGCGCUAACGUGGAUGUUGUUGGAAGGUUAUCAGCUGUACCACAUGCUUGUUGAGGUUUUUCCGGCUGCUAGACGCCGUUUAACUUUUUUCCUCAUUGGUUAUGGAGUGCCAGCACUAAUCACUGCAGCUGCUGCAUAUUACGAUCCUACAGGCUUUGGAACUCGUCAUCAUUGCUGGCUGAGAACAGAUAAUCUGUUCAUACUAUUCUUUGUCGCGCCAGCAGCCAUCAUCCUCCUAACGAAUACAAUGUUCUUGUUGAUGACAAUGUGUAUUGUCUAUAGGCAUUCGAAGUAUAUACCGUGUAGACAUGCUACGGAUAAUGGCGGAGACAUCAGAACCUGGGUAAAAGGAGCCAUGGGUUUGGUAUGUCUUCUCGGCAUAACCUGGACAUGUGGACUGUUGUGGAUUGACGAUGGGCAUUCGAUAGUGAUGGCCUAUGCUUUCACAAUUUUCAACUCCUUGCAGGGCUUAUUCAUCUUUGUGUUCCACGUAAUCUGCUCGGACAAGAUGCGUCACGAUAUGUCUCGUUGGUGUACCAAACGUCACCUACCAUGGAGUGCUUCUGGAUCUCAUGACAUCACUAAGGAUUCACACAAACGGGGUGCAAUGUCACCAUCGGAUAGAAGUGGAACAGGCAGCGAGUUCAUUUACCCAACCUCGGAAAAAUUGCACUCUUCAUCAAGAGACAUGAAUUCUUCCCUGCAUUCGCCGUAUCCACAACAACCUCUUAUCCAUCACUACCAUCGUAAUCCCCAAGCUAAUGGCACGUACGAUUAUGCGACGAUUGCGUAUGGCGAAAUGAUUCCGGGCCACAUGCUGCCGCCACGCCUACCCGGUUACCCCCAGGGCGUGGCUAUCCACUACCCAAACUCCUACGGCGAUAUGGAGUCAGUCUAUCAGCCUCAGGUCUUCCACCGACCUCCGCCUGACUUCUCCCCUCCACCACCACCGCCACAGGCCCCGGCACAAUUUGUCAAAGCUCCGCAAUUUGCCCCUGCUCGUCCCCCAUCGUCGAAGAUGAGCGACGACUCGGCCUACUCGGACGGCGGUUCUUCGUCGGUGCUGACCACCGAAGUGACCCCGUCCGGUGCCACCGUGCUGCGCAUGGAUUUGGGCCGAAGUCAGCCGAGUUACUGGCCUAGGAAUGUUUAAAACAACUGUUUCACAUGUACAUCUUCUAUAGAAACUGUUUUUUGAGGUUGUGUGCUCUUGUCACGCGGUUACUUUUUAUUGUGAAGAAAUUUGAUCCGGGUUAUGUGCUGCUAAUGAUGCAAUAUAUCGCGCUCCAUUUAUAUUUACAACCAUUUCCUUGGCAUCCAAGGUGCUCAUUGUUUUAAUGGUAUACUGUAACCUGCCGAAUGUUAACCUAGGUAAAAUUCGUCCGUUACUUCCACCGUCACUUCAUCCAUGACAUCGCCAUAUCAGCGCGAGCAUUUGUUGCUUAUAAUCUUUCUCUUCUCGAAAUAUACCGGUUUCUUCGUUCCACAUUUUUUUGUUCUCUUGCUUAUUGUAUAGUGAAGAUUGUGUAGGUAUACUGUCAUGAUCUAGUCGUCGAAUAGAGCGCAAUAUGUCCCCCACUUGUUCAUCUCUGUUUUUUUGCUGACACUGUCCUGCCUUUGAGUUGAUUUUAUCAAGUUUGUUUUUCGUAGAUUAAGUUCUAAUCAGCGUGUAUAUUCAAUACGCAGAAAUAGUACAUAGAUUAUCAUAUUAAGUUGUACAUUUACGGAGUAGAAGCUGUCUUUUCUUUCCUAUGCUAGAGAAGAAUGUUUUCGUUUCAUUGAAAAUAAACUGAACCAAUUGUUA